AUGACGUCGAACAAUGUAGAGUCACUCAAUGCCUUAUUUAAGAAGGAUCGAGAGUUACUAAUUCUCGCAAUGCUUGAUAACAUUCGUGACAAGCUGCAACAGUGGUUUCAUGAUCGUUGUGAGGAAUCACAAAGUUGCACAAGUGUGCUAAACCCGCCUCAGGAAGAUAAACUCUUCAAGACUCUAGAGGUGUCAAGGAAGGUAUAUGUAGAUCCACUAAAUAAGUUUCGCUUCUCCACGAGAUGUGCACGCGAUUUCGGAUACAUCGUCGACUUGAAUGAUAACACGUGCACGUGUAGACAGUUUAAGUUGGAGAGUUUUCCCUGUACACAUACAUUGGCGGUGGCUAUAUAUAGAGGAAUUCCACCACACACCUUAUGCAGUGCUUAUUACACGAUUGGUUCUUGGAGAGUAGCAUUUGCCGAAACCAUAUUUCCUGUACCAAAUGAAGCCAAGUGGGAAGUUUCCGAUCACAUUCUCUCAUUGAAUAACUUGUUGUCACCAGCAGUCGGCCUACGUACUCCUGGAUGUACACGUAGUCUAGAAUAA